UAUAGUUGGAUAAAACUACAUAAUACGAAAUAAUAAACUUACGCCACUGUGUUCAGUCGACGAAACUCUCUCAGUAAAAUGUAAUCACGGUACAUUUACAACAUUUCGUCAAAAAUUGAAGGAACACAUCUAAAGUGUUUGGAGAAGAAAAAUGUUCGGCUACAAAUUCGGAUCAAUAAAUUUACUAGUGUUAUCAAUCACGUCACAACAGCUGCACACCGUAUACCGGGUAAGUGUGUUUACUAAUAACCACGGAGGAAAGCAUAUAACAACAAUGUAUAACAAUUUAUUGCAGUAGCUACUGCAACUGCUGGCACUUCGGAGAAAGUCGGGACGUAUCGGGACGAAUCGAAAAUAAAAUUUGAAUACGGCGUUUUACACUUUUAUUGUGUCGUGAUAGGUAUUCGAAUUCCGAAGUCGGGAACUGAUAUGACAUCUGAUACAUUUCUUGUAAAAUAAUCGAUUGCAAAAUGUAAUUCUGUUAUUACAGGUGCUUCUGAUAAGGUACUAUAAAUAAUAAUAUUUAGUGCCUUACUCAUAAUUGUGAUGAUCGUAACAGUGUUAUCAGUCGUACGCCGUCAAUACUGUAAGUUUGUCUGGAAAGGUCACGAAGGAUCCGUCAACAGCAGGCUGUGAUAAGGCCACUGAUUACGUUGGACGUUGGCAGCAUAAUAGGCAAAAUACUAAAAACAAUUUCUUAUCACUAAAUUUGUACCACCGUUCGACAGAGACUGACCUUUAAUUCAAUAUUUGUGCUAUUUCCGCGUUCCGUUUGCUAACACCGAAUCGGGUCGACGUUUUUGUUUUUACUUACUAUACUAGAUUUACAACGUCAACAACAAAGGUAAUAAUGGCAUCGAAUUUGUUAAAAAAUUUGGUGAAAUUGGAUACCAGGAUAUCCGUAUCGCACAACAUUUGCUGUGAGUAUAACAGAUUACUGGCUUUUCUUAAUUAUUAUUAAUCAAUGUUACACACUAUUCAUGAAAUUAUUACUUUUUCACAUUUGUAACAGUACCAAUUCGAUGUUUGUCAACGGCGUCACCCCGUGUAAAAGACAAAACCGGCAAGAACAUAGUGUUUGUCGAUGGUGUGCGUACUCCAUUCUUAUUGUCGGGAACUGAUUAUGCUUCUUUGAUGCCUCAUCAGUUGGCUAAAGAAGCUCUUAUGUAAGGUUUUAUUAUAAUUAUUUUUUUUCAUUUUCAAUUUAAUUUUUAAGUUUCCUCGGAGGUUUUGUAAGUAGUUACUUGCAAAAAGACAAUGAAAUGUUUUUUAUUUAACUUAUUCAGUUCAGGUAAAUUAAACAUAAAUUAGUUUUUUAGUAAUUUCAACUGAUAAACUUGAAUAAACAAAUUUGAAUAAAUACCUUUUGAUAUAGUAUUAUCCUUUGUUGAUCAAAUUAUUGUUAAGUGUUUAUACCACUUGUUUGCACACUAAUUAAAAUAUAUGUAAAUAUAAUUCAAGGAUACCUAUACAAUAUUUUAAUAUAAAAGUUAUAACUUUUAAACUAUACCUAUAUAUUUUAAUAAGAUAUCCUUAGGUACCUACAUACCUACAGUUUUUACUUGUAUUUUAAAUACUAAAACCAAAAAUAGAAUACAUUUUCAGAAUUAUAAUUUUUCAGGAAGUAAAAUUUAUUAAAGGUCAAAUUUUUUUAUUGAGUCACAUAAAUUGUAGUAGUGACUUAGUACACUUAUAUUGUAAUAUUUAAUUUUGAAAACAAUUAUUCAAGUUAAAUAAUAAUGUAAAUAUAUUAAAUAUUUCACUAAAAAAUAUAUAAUAGCCAAUUAAAAAGAAACAAUUCUCUAUUGACCUCGUGUUUUAUAAAUUUACUUUAUUUGUUGCAACCUCAAGGAUAGGCUAUUUAGACAGUAACAUACCUAAUGUGUUUAUUAAAUUAAUAUAAUCAUUAUGCUAAGAACCAUUUUAUUUCUUUUUUAUCUAGUCAAUUUAUUGGUUAGUGUUUAGAGUUGAAUACAUUUCUAAAUAAUUUGAUAUACAAAUAUUAGAUAUAAAAUGUUGAGAUUUUGUUAUUAUUUAUUUGUAAGUUUUUAAUUAUAUUAAAACACUUAUAAUAAAAAUGGAAUGUCAAACAUUUCAUUUUUAUAUCUUACGAAACGUGUAUUAUAUAGAAUACUUAUAUAACAUAUUUUUUUUAAAUUUCUUGAGUUAAGAUAACAAAUAAUAAAUAUAUAUAUAUUAUGUCCUGUAUUAUAUGCCUAACUUAAAUUAAAAUGUAUUUUUUGAAAUAUAUGUUUGUUUUGAUUGAAAUAAUAAUAUUUAAAUAGCGUAAUAAUUUAUAAUAAUACUAUAAAAUCUAUGUAUUUUGCUUUAAAUUAGAGGUUUAUUAAGAAAAACAAAUGUACCCCGUGAAGUAAUUGAUUACAUUGUGUAUGGUACGGUAAUUCAAGAAGUAAAGACUAGUAAUAUUGGACGGGAAGCUGCACUUGCUGCUGGAUUUCCAUACUCCGUUCCAGCUCAUACUGUUACAAUGGCAUGUAUCAGUUCAAAUCAAGGCAUUACGACUGGUAUUGGAUUGAUAGCUUCUGGUGCAUAUGACGUUAUUGUGGCCGGCGGUGUUGAAUUCAUGUCUGAUGUUCCGAUUAGGCAUUCUCGUAAGAUGAGAAGUCUACUCUUGAGGGCAAAUAAAGCAAAAACAGCAUUAGACAAGUUAAAACUGCUAUCUACAUUUAGACCAAACUUUUUACUUCCAGAAGUAUGUUAAAAAAAUAUUAGUCUUUCAAAAAUAAAAUAAACAUAAUAUUUGUGUUUUUAGUUGCCAGCUGUUGCAGAAUUCAGUUCUGGUGAAACUAUGGGUUUUUCAGCUGAUAGAUUAGCUGCAUCAUUCAAAGUUACACGAGAAGAACAAGAUCAAUAUGCUGUUAGAUCACACACUAUGGCUAAGGAGGCACAAGAUAAGGGAUAUUUAACCGACAUUGUACCAUUUAGAUGUAAGUACUACAUUUUUGAUUGUGCCAUUUUUUAUAAAAAAAUGUUGAUGUCUUUUAGUACCAAAUACUUCAAAGGUAAUUGAAAAAGACAAUGGUAUUAGAGUGUCUCCAAUUGAUAAAUUGGCCAAAUUGAAACCAGCUUUUGUAAAACCACACGGUACAGUUACGGCUGCAAAUUCAUCAUUUUUGGUAAGUUUAAAAUACAACAUUUGUUUAAUCCUUUGCAAAUUUCAAAUGAGUAUAAUAUGUCAUUAUAAUAUAAGAUUAUUUGUAUUAUACAUUUUAUUAGACUGAUGGUGCAUCCGCUUGUCUCAUUAUGACUGAAGAAAAGGCUAAACAAUUAGGCCUAAAACCUAAGCUUUACUUGAGAGAUUUUACUUACGUGGCUCAGGAUCCUAUUGAUCAGUUGUUACUUGGACCAACAUAUGCUGCACCAAAAGUGUUAGAGAAAGCUGGUCUCAGUGUUAAAGAUAUUGAUGUAUGGGAAAUUCAUGAAGCUUUUGCCGUAAGUUUCACAGUUCUACUAUUUAAAAUGUUCAAUGUACCACUGUAAAAUAAAAACCUAAAUUAUUAUUCAAUUUAAUUUGUUUGUUGCCAAAAUUUUAGGGACAAAUUCUAGCAAAUUUAAAAGCUAUGGACAGUGACUGGUUUGCCCAAAAAUAUAUGAACAGAAAAAGCAAAGUUGGAAUACCAGACUUAUCUAAAUGGAACACCUGGGGAGGUUCUUUGAGUAUUGGACAUCCUUUUGCUGCUACUGGUAAAUUUUUCUGUAAUUUAUAUUCAAUUAGAAAAUUAUUGUCAUCAAAUUAUUAUUGUUAUCUAGGAGUACGUUUGACUGUUCACACAGCUAAUAGGUUAGUAAGAGAAGAUGGACAAUUUGGUUUGAUAGCUGCUUGUGCCGCUGGUGGACAGGUAAUUUGUUUUAUAAAUAUGUAUAUGUUAUUAUAAAAACUUAAGUUUUAUUAAUAAAUUAGAAUAUAAUAAUAUUACACAGUAAAUAUGAAGAUAUUAGGAUUUUCAAGUUUUUAUUGAAAAAAUUUAGUAAAUCAUAUGUUUCCAAAUUACGUUAAAAUGUUAUUUUUAAAAAGAUUGAAUAUUAGUCUUAAUCAUAUAUAUGUACUUUAAUGAGUGACUUAAUUUAUAAGAACAUUUGGUCCACUUUAAAAGUCUUUAACCAUGGAAUGCUAAACUUUUAGAAGUUUUAAAUAGCUCUUUAUUCUUGUAUUUAGCAUUUGUUAAUUUUAAUGAUCAUUUAAUAGAAUUUGGUUAUAAUCUUUAUUACAUUGUAACUUUCAUAGUGUAUUGGUGCUUUUAUAAAGUUAUUAAGAAACAAUAUCAUUAUAAAAACAUCUUAUAAAUCAUUCCUUUUAUUCAAUGUACAACAAAUUGUAUAUAUUUUAGGGAGUUGGCAUGAUUGUGGAAAGACAUCCAGAUGCAACUGCUUUGUAAAUGAAAAUUUAUCUUGGAAACAAUAUGUAAGCAUCCUAAAAGGUGAAGUGGAAACAACAAAUUAAUUAUGAACUUUAUAUUGUUUAUUUUUUUAAUGCUUUGUAUUUUUCCACAUGAUUUUUUUAUUGUUGGUCUUAAGGACAUAUCCCAUACAUUAUACUCAUCUUUAUAAUUUGUUUUUGUUUUAAAUAUCAAAUAUUAUAUUUUUGAACAAUUUUAUUACUUAUUGUAUUUAUUUAACUAAUUUUAAAUUGUUGAGCAUAAAAUUUAUUUCCAUGUUAAUAAUAUGUGUUAUUCAUAGUGUGCAACAUAAUAUUUAAAUAUGCCUGUACACAUUAAUCUCUUUAUAGAAAUUGUUAAAAUUAGUAUGGGAUGUUAUAUUAUUGUUUUAUUGUUUUAAAUUAUUCAAAUAUGUAUCUAAUAAUGAUUGAAUUCAUCAACUUUUAAUGUAAUUUUGUUAAAUACUCUUUAUACAAGGUACACUUUUUCUAGAUGAUACUGUGAUCAGAAUUUGGUAGAAAACCUACUUUUGUGUUAACUGCUAACAGUUGAAAAUUAGUACUUAUCAUACUUCUGUAAAUAUUUAAAUAAACUGCGUAUUAUGUAGCCAGUCAGUAGAAGAAAAUUUCACACACAAAAAAAAUUACUAAAUAUAUCUCUAUAAUAUACAUUAUAAAUUGUUCCACAAAAUUUCAAUUAAAAAAAAAAAUUAUCAUAAAAAACAUUAAGUCAACACCCAACACAUAAAUAAAAAAAAUAUGCAUACCUUAUCUCUAGUAAAAUUAUAAAGAUUAAAAAAACAAAAAUUAUUAAUAAUAUUUAUUAUGCACUUGUAUCUAGGUACUAGUCUUGCUUUACAAGUAUAGAAUACGAGUAUAAAUUAAAUUUAUAUCUUAAUUAUUUGUUUUUUUUUUUCUUAUAAUAUUCUAUGUUAAAAUGUCCUAUUGCUUGGUAUUUUAAUUUUAGACCUG